AUGUCUGGGUUUUUCUCACUAGGUGGUAAGGAUCAAGAACAAGAACAAGAACAAGAACACAAUCAAGAUAAUAAUAAUAGCCUGUUUCUGUUCAAGAACGAAGAGAUCUAUAGCAAGGGUUUUGAGCUAUGGCAACAGUACUAUCAGUUGCAUCAACAAAAGCUACAACAAAAUCAUCUGGAUGUGGAUUUCUCGGUUGGACCCAGUAGUAGGAGUAAUAAUAUUUCAGGUGAUGACUCUUCGAACUAUAGUUAUAGAUCAGCAGGGGCAGCAGCAGGGUUUAGGGUCAUGAUGAGGCACGGAAGAGGUGGGGGAGAGGGUAUGAAUUGCCAAGAUUGUGGGAAUCAAGCUAAGAAAGAUUGCCCACAUAUUAGGUGCCGGACUUGCUGCAAAAGCCGAGGAUUUCAGUGCCAAACCCACGUCAAGAGCACCUGGGUUCCGGCUGUUAAAAGGCGCGAGAAGCUACAGCAGCUUGCUACUUUACCGCAACAGCAACAAGUGCAAGAUCAACACCAGUUAACACUGAGAGGGGAAAUUCCGAAGAGGCAGAGAGAGAAUCCUGGUGGUGGUGCUUCUUCUUCUCUUGCCUGCACUACUACUCGAUUACCCACCACCACGUCAGGGUUUGAGUUGGGGAACUUUCCAGCAGAAGUGAAUUCUUCCGCUGUUUUUCGCUGCGUAAGAGUGAGUGCAAUGGAUGAUGCUGAGGAGCAGUAUGCCUACCAGACGGCUGUCAAUAUUGGAGGCCAUGUUUUCAAAGGAAUUCUCUACGAUCAGGGCGCUGAAAGCCGCUAUCCCGGGGAGAGCUCCUCUGGCUGUGGCGGAUCCCAACAGCCACUUGAUCUCAUCACCGCUGCAGCAGCCACCGCUAGCCACCAGGGUGUGACAAUGCUUGACCCUUCAAUGUACCCGACUCCUCUUAACUCUUUCAUGGCGGGUACGCAAUUCUUCCCACCACCAAGACCUUGA